UGUAUUUUGUUCAACUAAAGCUGAAGUUAAGAAAUGAAUGGUGCGCAAAAUUUAUGAAUUUUGAAAAUGAUGGCGUAUCUGUAAACGAAAAAUUGUUGCGGUUUUUGUGUAAAGGACCGAAAUAUACUAAUGAAAUAGCAAGAAAGAUCGCUGUUAUUAACGAACUUUUGUCAUCUGUAUAUAACUCCGCGCGAAUUUGCAAGGUUGAAAAUUACAUACAAAAAUGUUACAACGGCGAAUUAAAUGUGGGAAAGUUAAUGGCAACUUCGAGAAACGAGAAGGAAUUACGUUGGGCUUGGACUACUUGGAGAAAUCACAUGGGUCGUACAAAGGAACUUUUUAGACAAUUAGUGAACCUUCAAAAUACUGCCGCGCAAAAUAAUGGUUACACUGAUAUCGGAGAAUAUUGGAGAGAGGAAUAUGAAAUUCCGGACUUAGAAAGAAUUUUUGAAGAAAUGUAUCGACAAGUUGAGCCACUUUAUCGCCUUCUUCACGCUGUUGUGAGAUUCCGGCUCGCGAGAUUGUAUCCCGAUGUUGUCAAUAUGUUUCUGCCAAUUCCCGCUCAUUUAUUAGGCAACUUGUGGUCGCAAAGUUGGGAAGCAUUAAUUGACGUGGUGUUUCCGAAUUACACAGUCGUGUCAAAUCUGACGGAUUCGAUAAUACAAAAAAACUAUAGUGUAACAAAAAUGGUUAAGACUGCAGAAGAUUUUUAUAUAUCUCUCGGAUUUCCACCGUUACCGUCAGAGUUCUGGAAGAAGUCUAUCUUUGAAGAAGAAACUGACAGAGAAUCGAGCUGCCACGCAACUGCAGUCAAUAUGUACAAGAAGAAUGACUUUAGAAUCUUUGCGUGUUUAAAAACACAGCGGCAAGAUUUCGACGUCAUUCAUCACGAGAUUGGCCAUAUACAGUAUUACAUGGCGUAUCAGAAUCAGCCGUCAUUUUUUAAGAAUGGAAUCAAUAGCGCUUUUCACGAGUCAAUAGGCGAUGCUAUUUCGUAUGGUACAGCAUCUUUCCGACAUGUGCAUCGUCUGGGAUUGAUACGUGACGUUUUCGCGUCAUCCGAUAAUUCGUCCGAGGCAAAUUCGCGUUCGCAAGAUUUACUAGAAACAGCUCUCCUUCUGAGGCAAGCUCUACUUAAAAUACCGCAAUUGUCCAAUGGACUAAUAAUAGAGAAAUGGAGGUGGUCCGUCUUUUCCGGCAAGAUAAAACCAUCGAAGUACAAUACAUUCUGGUGGAGUUUGCAUCGUCGAUACAUGGGCGUCGUGCCGCCGUCAUCAAGAUCCGAGAAAUUCUUUGAUCCUGUAGCAAAGUUUCACAUCGUCCAUAAUUUGCCUUAUGCUGGGUAUUUUCUGGGAAAUUUUUUGCAAGUACAGCUAUUUCAAGGAAUGUGCGAGGCAUCCUUGAAUCUUCCAGUUGGCUCCACGGCAUUUAACUUACCUCUUCACAAAUGCGACAUUUAUGGCUCGAAGAAUGCGGGAAAGUUCUUAAGGUUGGAAGAAACUUCUACACAAAUUUUUACAAAAUAAUAGCUUUAAUUCUGGUCUCUCUU